CCGUGAAAAAUCACAAACAAAUGUAAUUUGGGAGUAAGCUCUCCCCAUUAAAAAAAUGGCUCAAGCGCAAUUUUUGGACGAAUUGAUUCGAGAAUACCUACUCUAUAGAGGCUUCGGUGCGACAUUAAAAGCAUUCGAUACCGACUUGAAAGCGGACAAAUUAAAAAGUUUCCGAAUAGAUAAAAUAAUCGAGCAACUUUGCCACUCGAUUUACACUUACGACCUUAAUUCCCUGCGGGAGCUGUGGGGCCAUUUAAGCAGACACAUGUUUUCUAAAUUAGAAAGCAAUUUCCUACCUAGCGUUAGAAAACUAGAAAAUGCAGUUUUAAAAAUGUACCUGAUAAACACUGUAGUCACCAACAAACCGGAAAAAAUGAACGAAUUCUUCAUCAAAAUGACCAAUGAAUUACAAAACCAAAGCGAAUGGAAGGAUUGGUUCAUUUUACCAUACAUUAAGAACCCCGAAGAGAAUCCCACGUUCUCUCUCCACUUCACCAAACAAUGGCAAGACACUCUGCUAUUAUCGCUACACAAUUUCCUAGCAACAAUUAUACAAUACAUGCCCACGCCUACGCUGAUGUGCUACGAAGAAGAAGCAGGUAAAAUCAACAAACUCGAAGAGCGAAACGAGUCCCUGAAAGAACGUUUGGCCAUUCUAAUAGACAGGGGGCCCCAGGCGAACGUUACGCCCGUCCAAGUGGAGCCCCCUCAACAUUUGCUGGACGAUUUCUACGUCAUAGCGCAGGAGAAUUACUUGGGCGACAGCCAGGCCAGGAGUUUCCGGAACAUCAUCAGGAACAUGAGCAGCAGCCCGAUAUUAGGGAAGAAGGACAAUCCGGGGAAGAAGAAGCCAGGUAAUCGAUAAGCGAAAUUAUCCACUUUAAUAUAAAUUUUACUAUAUAUCCGAUUUAUAAAGGAAAUAACUAGAUAUAGAAUAUGUACAUCAACCUAAUGUAACAAACUUAUUCCAUCGGUUUUAAUGGAUGAGCGAGUUAAACGUGUAAAAAAAUAUAAUAUUUUAACUUAUGAUAGUAUUUAUAGUUCAGUCGAUGGAAACUUAUAGAUAUAACAAACUUGCAUGCGGAAAUAUGUACAAAUUAAAUGUAUUUAAAUUGUUUUUGGCACGUUAACAAAUAGAUGCCAAAAAUACCUAUCGUAAACUCUGUCAGUCUUGUUCGAUUACCAUAAUUACCAUAAAUUACCGUUAAUUUCAUUGUAACUUAUGCAUGAACUUUCUUAAAGCAACAGUACACGAACGAGUCGAUAAAAAAAUAUAAUGUAAAUUACCCAUUAAAUGCAAAUAUUGUUUCUUUCUACUACGCUAAUAGUACGGAAGAUACGACACAAUUCAAAUCGUGUCAAUUAUUAAGGAUUAUCUCUUACAAAAAAAAAUUGUAUGUAGAUGAAUCUCCCUUAAAAAUCUAAAAAAAAAAAAAUACUCGUAUCACAAUUUCUUCUCCACCCCCCAACGCAUUAUUGCCUCGUUUAAUCACACUUUCGUAUUGUUCAAAUCGAAUAUUUCAAUCAACAACGGUUCAACGUGCGAGGGAUUGAUAUUCAAAUAGACGCUAAUCAGUUCCUCGUUUAGCUUUCGCAGUUCGCUCAGUUUCUGCAUUAAUUUCAAAAAGGUCGAUUUGGCCUCGCAGCCCGGAUGGAUGCUUUCGAGAUACCGACGCAGGAGGUAAUAAUAAGCGUUCUGCAAUCAAACAACUCGUCGAUAUACCGUUAAAUAGAGUUUAGUUCGCUUACCUGUUCCAAUUUGAUCACGUCCUGGUGGACGAUUUUAGGCCUAUCGGGGCAAAACAGCAGCACCAUGCCGAGGAUCAGGAUGAUAUUCUCGUCGUCCUUCCACAAAGGGCAAAAGGUUUUGAUGAACUUAUCGUGAUCCAUGUAGAUGUUGCCUUUGGCCAGUUUCAGUAUGUCC